AUGUUUCGCUGCUCACCGCCCUCUAGCGGACACGGCACAGAGCUGCAUCUAGGUCAGGGUAAUUUUGUUAGAGAGCAAAGCAUUGAGCAAGGCCGAACCAUGUCUAUUCUGGGGAUUCAUGCCAGAGAAAUCUUUGAUUCUCGAGGAAAUCCCACUGUUGAGGUUGAUCUGUACACUGAAAAAGGGCUAUUUAGGGCUGCUGUGCCAAGUGGUGCUUCAACAGGUAUCUAUGAAGCUUUGGAGCUCAGGGAUAAUGACAAGUCUCGUUAUCUUGGAAAAGGAGUGUCACAAGCUGUGCAUAACAUCAAUUCAAUAAUCGCUCCUCUGCUCGUGGGUCAAACCGUUUCUGUGGUUGAUCAAGAGACUAUUGACCAGAUGAUGAUUGCUUUGGAUGGUACUGAGAACAAAGCCAAGUUGGGAGCCAAUGCCAUUCUUGGUGUGUCACUGGCUGUGUGCAAAGCUGGUGCUGCAGAGAAAGGUGUCCCUCUGUAUCGCCACAUCGCAGACCUGGCAGGAAACCCACAAGUUAUUUUACCUGUGCCUGCCUUCAAUGUGAUCAAUGGUGGAUCUCAUGCAGGCAACAAACUGGCCAUGCAGGAGUUCAUGAUCCUGCCAGUCGGAGCGUCCACGUUCAAAGAAGCGAUGCGCAUUGGAGCGGAGGUCUACCAUAAUCUCAAAAAUGUAAUCAAGAAAAAGUAUGGUCAGGAUGCGACCAAUGUGGGGGAUGAAGGAGGCUUUGCUCCAAACAUUCUGGAAAACAAGGAAGCUUUGGAACUGCUGAAGGAGGCCAUUUCCAAAGCAGGGUACACAAACGAGGUGGUGAUCGGCAUGGACGUCGCUGCCUCUGAGUUCUACAGGAACGGGAAAUAUGACCUGGACUUCAAAUCUCCAGAUGAUCCAAGUCGCUACAUCAGCCCCGAUGAGCUCGCUGACCUCUACAAGAGCUUUGUGAAAGAUUAUCCAGUGGUGUCUAUUGAGGAUCCCUUUGAUCAGGACGACUGGUCUGCGUGGUCUAACUUCACUGGCAGCACAGACAUCCAGGUGGUGGGAGAUGACCUCACUGUGACAAACCCCUCUCGCAUCUGCAAGGCUGUGGAGGAGCGCGCCUGCAACUGCCUUCUGCUUAAAGUCAACCAGAUUGGCUCUGUCACAGAGUCUAUGAGGGCAUGCAGGAUGGCUCAGGAGAGUGGAUGGGGUGUCAUGGUGAGCCAUCGCUCUGGAGAAACGGAAGACACCUUCAUUGCCGAUUUGGUGGUGGGAUUAUGCACAGGACAGAUCAAGACUGGGGCUCCUUGUCGCUCAGAGCGUUUGGCAAAAUACAACCAGAUACUUAGAAUUGAGGAGGAGCUGGGAGAUGAUGCUCUCUUUGCUGGGAAGAACUUCAGAAAGCCAUUAAUUUAA